UUAGUUUAACCAAUUUAGUUUGCUGGCCGGUACAACGUGGUCUUGCUUUGCAUCAUUUCUAAAGACUGUAAGAACUUAAAUUAUAAAAAAUAAGAUGCCGAAACCACAAUUCAAAGUCGCCGAUCUUAAAUUGGCUGAUUGGGGCAGGAAGGAAAUCACCCUUGCUGAAAAUGAGAUGCCUGGACUUAUGAGUCUUCGCACCAAAUAUGGAACAACAAAGCCUUUGAAGGGUGCCCGCAUUGCUGGCUGCCUUCAUAUGACUGUACAAACUGCUGUACUUAUUGAAACUUUAACUGAUUUGGGUGCUGAGGUGCAAUGGUCGAGUUGCAACAUUUUCUCGACACAAGAUCACGCUGCUGCGGCCAUAGCAAAGAGCGGAGUACCAGUAUACGCAUGGAAAGGAGAGACUGAUGAAGAAUACAUUUGGUGCAUUGAACAAACACUGGUCUUCAAGGAUGGUAAACCAUUGAACUUGAUCCUCGACGAUGGAGGUGAUUUAACUAACUUGGUUCAUGAAAAAUACCCGGAAUACCUCACCGACUGCAAAGGUAUCAGCGAGGAAACCACAACUGGUGUACACAACUUGUACAAAAUGUUCAAGGAUGGUAAACUUAAAGUUCCUGCUAUCAAUGUAAACGAUUCUGUAACCAAGAGCAAAUUCGAUAACUUGUAUGGAUGCAGGGAAUCUCUCAUUGAUGGAAUUAAGAGAGCAACAGAUGUUAUGUUAGCUGGAAAAGUUUGCGUAGUCGCUGGAUACGGCGAUGUUGGAAAAGGUUGCGCCCAAUCUCUCCGCGCUUUCGGCGGAAGGGUCAUCAUCACCGAAAUUGAUCCCAUCAACUCUCUUCAAGCAGCUAUGGAAGGUUACGAAGUAACCACCAUGGACAUUGCCAGCAAGGAAGGACAAAUUUUUGUCACAACAACAGGCUGCAAAGACAUCAUCCUUGGUGAACACUUCAUGAACAUGCGUAAUGACAGUAUCGUUUGCAAUAUUGGUCAUUUCGAUUGUGAAAUCGAUGUUGCUUGGUUGGACAAAAAUGCCAAGAGCAAAACUAACAUCAAACCGCAGGUCGAUAGGUACUUGCUGAGCAACGGAAACAACGUCAUCGUUUUGGCUGAAGGACGUUUGGUCAAUCUGGGAUGCGCCAUGGGACAUCCUUCUUUCGUUAUGUCAAACUCUUUCACCAACCAAGUUCUUGCUCAAAUCGAACUGUGGACCAACCCCGAUCAAUACAAAAUUGGCGUGCACAUGCUGCCUAAGACGUUGGACGAGGAAGUUGCCAGACUUCACUUGAACCAUUUGGGAGUUAAGCUCACCACUUUGACACCAGAACAAUCUAAAUACUUGGGUGUUCCUGUUGCUGGCCCAUUCAAGCCUGAUCAUUACAGAUACUAAUUAUUUCUAUAUUU